AUGGAUGUUGCACUCCCACAUGCUCGGGCCUGCCUCCCCCUCUCCCUCACGCCUCCAACGGUUCCCCGCCCGACGCUCUCCCCCACCCUCUCCCCCGCGGCUCCCCUCCCCCUUGUGUCCCCCGCCAACGCCCCUGCCUCCUCCGCCACCCCGCGCCACCCCAUCUCCGAUCCGCAGCCCCCGCGCCCCUACCUCCUCCACACUCCGCGACCCUGCCUCCUCCGCCGCCGUGGCACGACGUGCUCCGCCCGAACCUGCCCGGCCGUCUGCAACUCCGACCGCCGCGAACUGCUCCGCUUGAACCCGCCCGGUCGCCUGCAACUCCAACCGCGCCACGAGGUCGUACUCCUCCUCCACGCCACUCCUCCGCCGCGUCACUCCUUCGCCCCCGCCUCCUCCGCCGCGGCACUCAUCCGCCCCCGCGCCUCCGCCGUGAACCGCGAGAUGAGCAUCUGUGCAUUGGCAGUUGCAUCUCGUCAACUAGCUCCUGAGUUCAAGGAUGCUGCAAUGAAACGGGCAGAGAUGCACCACAAACGCUGUUAUCAAUGAAAUGGAGCAGGUCUGCUUGAAUCAAACGGGCAGAGAUGCACCACAAACAAUAUGACACUUAUAGCUUUGUGAGAACAGUACCUGGUUGAAGCUCACAACAAAGCUAAAUGUCUGCGUUGAAAGCACAAACUGAAAAUGAAGUCUAUUCAACACCAUUUGAUCUUUCUGG